GUGAGAGAUCAUUCCCCCUUUCUUUCAAGCGAUAAGCGUAAUUUUUCUCUUUCUUUUUCCUUUCUUUUUUUAUAAUGAAGUUUUCCUCUAUCUCUUGUUCUAUAUGCUUAUUGGCCACCAUAGCUCAAGCUGCCAUAGUCAAUAAUGGUGAAUUAAGUCGCAAACAAUACAUUCAAGGCCUAUCACGUAGUUUUGGACCUGAAGUGCCUUAUCGGGAAUAUACAGUACCUUCUUAUCAACAGCGUCAAAAGGACUACAGUGCCUUUACAAUGACAGAUCAACCAGAAGACAUUGCUAUCGCAUUUGCUCAAUCUGAAUUGACAAACAGUGAAUUUGUGGUUACAAGUGCUUACAAGUCUGAUUUGAAUGGUGUUACACAUGUCUACUUGCGUCAGAUUGUCAAUGGGCUUGAAGUCUUGAACGGAGACAUCAAUAUCAAUAUAGAUCGUUUUGGACAAGUCAUUUCUUAUGGUAAUUCGUUCGCAAGACCUAGUCCUAAACUCAAAUCAGAUGUGGAUCUCUUGACGCGUGUUCGAAACGGUCUUCGUGUAGUUUCAAGUUCAUUCAGUCAGACAGUAUUCUCUUCCCAACCUCCACAAGUGGACUAUCUCUAUGACAUUGCUUAUGAGAAUGCUAAUGUCAUUUCUCCUACAGAAGCCAUUCUGUCUUUAUUGGCCUUUGUGAAGCCCUCGCUUCCUGAUCCUACGGUGGUUGACCAACUUAUGCCUGACCACUUGGUUAUGAUGAACACACUCAAGACCCAAGAUACACCUGUGCUUCAAUUUGAAAACGUACCUUUUGCCUUAUCUCCUGUGCAAGCACGUCAGGCCUACAUGCAGAACGAAAAAGGUGACUUGCAAUUAGUCUGGGAUUUAGAAUAUGAGUUGCAUGAUAAUUGGUACAACGGUCAUGUGAAUGCGCAUGAUGGUACCAUCAUGGGUCUUGUUGAUUGGGUAUCCAGUGCUGCUGCGUAUAAUGUUAUCCCUUUUGGUUACAAUGAUCCCAAUGAUUCUAAGCAACAAUUGGUCAAGAACCCUCACGAUAAAUGGGCUAGUCCUGAUGGCUGGCAUGCUCAGGGCGCUAUUUCAAAAGGUGCCAAGACAUACAAUGUCACGAUUGGCAAUAACGCUUAUACACAUACAAACCCUGAUGGUGGGUCCAGCUGGCAAAGUAAUUACCGCCCUAGUGGCCAUAUAGAUGAAGAAGGUGAUAUCGUGUUUGACUAUGUUGCCAACUUUGAAAAAGACGAUCCUGAAGACUAUGAAGAUGCCGCAGUCACCAACCUCUUUUAUUGGGUCAACACAGCUCAUGAUUUCUUUUACCGAUACGGUUUUGAUGAGAAGGCUGGCAACUUCCAACAAGACAACCUUGGACGUGGACGUGAUAAAGAUAAUGGUGAAGGAGAUGCUGUGAUUGCAAAUGCUCAAGAUGGUUCAGGCAGAAACAAUGCUAAUUUCGCUACGCCGCCUGAUGGCAAGCACGGUAAGAUGCGCAUGUAUGUCUGGGAUCAAACAAAGCCAAUGCGUGAUGGUGACUUUGAAAGUGGUAUCGUGAUUCAUGAAUACACACACGGUGUCUCGAUUCGUUUAACAGGUGGUCCAAUGAACUCAAACUGUCUCGGAUGGGGUGAAGCAGGUGGUAUGGGUGAAGGCUGGGGAGACUUUGUGGCCACAAGUAUCCGUAUGCGCAAGGAAUUCACCCGUAAUGUUGAAUUUGGCAUGGGCGAUUACUCUAAUGGUGGUGAUGGUAUUCGUAAAUACAAAUACUCUACUUCCAAUACAACCAAUCCUAGCACAUACCGCAUCAUGGACCGCUUUGACUAUUGGGGUGUCCAUGCUAAAGGUGAGGUAUGGGCUGAAAUGCUUUAUGAAGUCUAUUGGAAUCUAGUGGAUCGUCUCGGAUUCACCCCCGAAUGGUUCCCUCCUGUGCCUAAUGACCCUUACAAGACAGCCAUGAACGAAGAAGAGCUUGAAGAAGUUCGCACACACAUCACAUCUUAUGGCAACACGCUUGCCAUGCAGCUAGUCAUAGAUGGUCUUAAGUUACAACCAUGUAACCCUAGUUUUGUAUCUGCUCGUGAUGCUAUCUUGGAAGCCGAAAAGCAGCUGACUGGUGGUAAAUACCAUUGUGAUAUUUACCGUGCCUUUGCCAAACGUGGUCUUGGUGUAGGUGCUAAACUUGAAAAGAGAGGUUGGAUUGAGCAACGCGUUGAAAGUUAUGAACUUCCUUCUCUCUGUGAUUAAUUUAUUUUGUACAAACAAUAAAUGUUUAUUAUUAUUAU